CACUUCCAAACACAUGAUCCGAAUGGACAAACUUCCGCAUUGGAGAUCAUACUCCGUCUUUAUGUAUAAGUACCCGUCGAUUCCUGUGGAUGUUUGAGGUAUAAACCUCACUCAAACGGCUGCUUAACUUCAAGCGUAAAAUCUACCUUUGACUUAUUGGCCCACAAAACCAAACCUGAACAUCAAUCACUUCCCCACUCAGUCAAGCUGCUCGAAUCAAUCCUCACCCGUUUCAAUAUGACUAUCAAGAGCCAUGCAAAUUCUAAUGAACCACAAUCCAGUAGUGAGAAACUAGCCUGGACAGGCCGUCAACAGACUUCCGAUAUUGCAAGACCAGUCAUUUUGGCUAGCUAUGACAAUCCUCUACCCUACUAUAACCAUUUUGAAGAAAAGGACAAAAGAAAAUGGGAUGAUGAUCAGGAAGCAGCUAGCAACAUUGCCAAAGCUUUACACACUCAAGCCUAUGAAGAUUCGCUGUCCAAUCAUUCGCAGGACGAAGAUAGCCUGGAUGGUGAAGACGAUUACGGCAAUGGUCCCAGAAAGCCUGGCCGCAAGCCCAUGGAAAGUGGCUCAAUGACACUGGAACCUGAUAUCAAACAAAAACGCAAAGCUCAAAACCGUGCUGCGCAACGGGCCUUCCGAGAGCGCAAAGAGCGUUAUGUCAAAGAGCUUGAGGAGAAAAUCAAGAGCAUUGAACAUGCCCAUCUCAUGAGUACGGCUCAACUGAUGAAGGAAAAUCAACAGCUCAAAAGCAUCAUUCAACGCUUACAGUGCCAAAAUAUCAAUGGGAUGUCCGCCAUUGGUUUCGAGUUUUCACUCCCGCACCACCCAAUGAACGCUCCCGCCUUCCAAGCUCCAAAUCAGGCAGCGGAGCAAAAGCGUAUUCCAGGCAGUAAGCCAGGUCAAAAGAAAAACGGACAGCGGAAAUUGGUGCCAAUUGCCCCACAUCCUGGCAAUCGAACAGCCACCGCCUCAACAGGACGGGCUCAACCCAAGCUUAUGCCAAAGCCUUCCAUCAUCCAAGGCAUCCCACUCCAAUCAAGUUCCAAUAUCUCUAUCCCACUACAGCGGCUCACACAACCUACGCCUGACGGCACUGUAUCCAUGAUCAUCGCUGCCAAUUCAUCUCCCGAAUGGUCGGCCUCCCCCGCCAGCAGUGUGACCGGCAUGUCUCCACAGCUUGUCAAUGUAAAUAAUUUUCCAGAAGAAAACCCGCCACAUUCUCCUACGGCCUCUUCCUCAGGCACUGAAAACAACCACUCUGAAAAAGGCUCACCAGCAGCUGAUCUCGAUACAACAUUUUUUUCUGCGGACGGACAGGUCUGUUUUCGUCUGGACGAUGGAAGGUCAUUUUGUGAAUUGUUGAAGGAUCAAAAUUCGAAGGAAGCCGUUGAUCGCUUGUUCGCAGAACCUAUAUUUGACCUUUCUGGAGCAUUGAAUGAUGCCAGUCUUGACCAUUCAUUGCCUUUGACUACUGAAGCUCUUACUGAGGAGAAUCUUAAGGCUCAAAACCAAGAUCUUCAAAAAGAACAGCUAUCCAAUUUCAUGGUCGACUUUGAGUCCGAACAGGUUGGCAGUGAUCAUACCAGCAGUGACGAAGACGUUGUAAAUAGGUCCAGCGACCGCAAAAACUCCUCCAGCAUGGAAAUCUGGCAAAGGCGUAUAUAGAGGCGAUGAGGUUCCUGAACGGGGACUAUACUUUUUUUCUUUCUGCCACCCAUGCCAUAUUAUAACAUAAUCCAUUGCUUCGCAUUCCACCACAUCUUCUUGUUAUUGCAUUUCCUACUCCCUCCCUUUUAGUGUGUUAUAUAGUAUAUAAUUCUUGCAACAAUGAACUUAUAUUUUCAUUAAACUUUUUUCUUUUUAUGAAAACUGUG